AUGGGUAGGUUAGAGGCGAAAGAUAUGGAUGGAUAUAAGUUACGGUACUCGGGUAGCGUGAGACAUAGAAAUGGGAUAGGUAUCUUAGUAAAUGAAGAAUUUUGGGAGCAGGUAAUAGAGUUUAAGAGAGUUAGUGAUAGGUUGAUGUCUAUUAAGUUGGUCAUUGGAGUGUCUACGGUGAACGUUAUUAGUGCCUACACCCCACAAGUAGGUUUGGACGAGGAGGAGAAGAAGGACUUUUGGGAUGUUUUAGAUGAUGUGGUGAGUAGCAUCCCCAACAUUGAGAAACUUGUCAUGGAAGGGUAUUUCAAUGGGUAUAUUGGGUCUUUGUUGAUAGGUUAUAAUGAUGUGCAUCAUGGUUUCAGUUUCGGGGAGCGGAAUGAAGGAGGAGCUUCUCUUUUGGAUUUUUCUAGGGCUUUUGGGUUGUGGAUAGCGAAUUCGAGCUUCUCGAAGAAGCGUAUCAACGUCGAGGAGGUCAAUGGAACUAUUCGCAGGAUGCAGCGGGAUAUGGUAAUGGGGCCAGACGAGAUUCUAAUGAAUUUUUGGAAGAGCACUAGCGGAGCAGGUUUAGAGUAG